AUGCCGGAUUCCACCUGGCCAGUCCACAUCUCACAUACAGCGACUGGCCAAAUUCCCGAUCCACAAAUUGCUCAGCUUCCGUUUGGGUUGAUCCUGAAAUGGUCUGAUGGUACUCGGUUGGAAGAAGUCUUGACGAUGGAGGUUGCCAGAAGGGCAGGUCUCCCAGUUCCGAGGGUGAUAUGCUAUGGAGAACAUCCGGAUUGUCCGCAUGCUCCCAUAUCGAUCCUGGUGACGCGUAUCCCCGGGGAUGAACUUGGUCGAGUGUACGAGACGCUCAGCGACGCGGAACGGGAGUCCAUCCAGAUGCAGCUAAAGGGCUAUUUGGAAGUGAUGCGGAGAUGGGAAAAUCCGUGGGGCGGGAGCAGAAUUUGCUCUCUGGCGGGCACGGCUGUCCGGAGUGUCCGCGUGCCUAAUCAUCUCGCUGGGCCUUUCGAGUCGGAGCAAGAGCUCAACGAGUACCUUCUGAAGCCCGCUUGGGCAGGCGGCUUCCCGUCUGAAGCAGAAUACAACAAUGCACUCAAUCGUGCCAAAAAGAUGGGGUCGAUGGCUCAUCGUGUUUUUUUCACGCACGGGGACCUUAAACACCAUAACAUCCUUGUGCAAAACGGACAGAUCACGGGGUUUCUGGACUGGGAAUCGGCAGGCUGGUACCCUGAGUAUUGGGAUUUCACCACAGCGCUCGGGUUCACUCGGGAAGAUUUCUGGUGGUACAACUUCGUAAUGAGGCUUGGGGGCAGCAAGUACAUGGAGGAACUAGACUGUGAACGUGCGUUGACUUCUUUAACAAGCUCUUCGUAUUACUGGUAG